UCCUGCUUUCCUUCAGGUCCGCUGUUGGAUAGCAGGCGCAACUGCAGCUUUGGGUGACACGUAAACUAAAGGAGUAAAGUUGGUGAGCGCAGUUUAGGCCUCCGCACAGCAACAAUGAUCUCGAGAUCCUUAUUUCAGCGCAGAAAGUGACCCCAGAGGUGGACUCACGCGAGGAGCUUCGUGUUCUGAGCUUCUGCAGCUUUUGGGAUCUUUUAAAAAGAGGUAAAGUCUGGUGAACCUUCCAAGCAGAAGAGAGACCAGGACUCUAUGGGAGUCGUUUUCCACUUUUCUCCAUCCCGGGAAUGGACUUCUCAUGCAUGCAAGGGCUGAUUUCCACCAAGUCUCUUCGAAAAGUCCUGGUUUUAUGAGUGCAACGAGUUAUUCUGACUACUUUAGAAGUCAGGAGGGAAAGUUGGGUGGAGGUUUUGCCAGCAGCAGCAGUCUGGGCCAGGCCACCAUGGCCAACGGGGUUUGCUCCAGGAGGCAGAGGAAGAUCCUGCAGUCGCUCCUGCUGCUCACCCUGGUCUGUGGAGGGCUGUACGGGGCUAUGGUGGCUUAUGAGACCCACAAGCAGCUGAAGAGGACCGAGGCCAUGGCCCUGAAGUACCAGCAGCACCAGGAGGCUCUUUCAGCCCAGCUUCAAGUUGUGUACGAGCAUCGGUCCAGACUGGAGAAGUCUUUGCAGAAAGAGCGCCUGGAGCACAAAAAAGCCAAAGAAGAUUACCUGGUGUAUAAACUGGAGGCCCAGCAGUCAUUAAAUAAAGAGAAGCAAGAUGCCAGCGGCAGGUUUAACUCUCUGCACACGCAGCACCAGAUGCUAAAGACGCAGCACGAGGAGCUGAAGAAGCAGUACUACGAGCUGCAGGAGCAGCACCAGGCUCAGGGUGAAGACCACAGUAAGACCCUCAACGAUCACCGGCAGAGAUACGAUCAGCUGCAGCAGACCAAAGAGCUGGAGAUCUCCAAACUGAAAGAAAAUGUUUAUAAUCUGCGGGAGGAGAAUAAGCAGUUGAGGAAAGCUCAUCAGGAAAUCCAUGUGCAGCUUCAAGAUACGAGGCAACAGCACAAGGAUUUAAAAGCAGCCCAUGAUCAGCUUGUGUUGACGCUGGAGGACCACAAGAGUGCGCUAGCAGCGGCCCAGGUCCAAGUGGAUGAAUUCAAGCAGCUGAAGGAGACUCUGAAUAGGAUGCCCAGUCUGAGGCAGCCAGAGGAGCCCCAGCCCCCUGCAGCAGACCUGCAAGCCCAACCCCCCCAACAUAGGACACUGCAGCACCAUGAGGACAAACCAGCAGAGCGAGGAGCUGAGGGAGCACAGGAGGAGGAGGAGGAGAGGCGAGAUCAGGGGAAUGAACAUGUGGAGCAGCAUCACAAUCCAGAGAAGCCUGAACACCAGGAUCGAGAGAGGGAUCCAGAACAAGACCAGCCGGAUGAGAACGCAAUAGAGCGGGAGCAGCACAGGCAUCUGGCCGUCCCGACUCAGGCGGCGCAUGUGAAGUCUGCACUGGAGCAGCAGCAGGAGCAGAAGCGUUUGGCUGAGCAGCUGGCGGAGCAGCGACGGCAGCUCCAGCUUAGACAAGAGGAGCUCCAAAGACAACAGCUUCAGCAGCAGAGAGAGAGAGAGGAGAGAGUGAGGCUGGAGAAGGAGAGAGAGGAACAGCAGCACAGAGAGGCUGAUCUCAGAGAACAGCAGCUCCGAGAGGAACAGCUCAGGAAGAAGGCACAUUAUGAACACCUAGACGCCGGCGUCGCCGAGGGCGAGGAAGAUGCUCGGGUUGAUCUGCGAGAUGAGGAGAGUAAUGCGCACACCAGGAACAGGCAGGAGGAGAAGCAAGUCCAUCAUGAAGAGCAGCCCAUUGAGGCCGACGUUGAUCCAGCAGACGACCCCAACAACCAAGGAGAGGAUGAGUUUGAGGAGGCUGAGCAACAGGGCCGUGAAGAAGAGGAUGAUGAAGGGCUGGUACCUCCUGGACACUCUGACCACCAGUUACACAGAGAGAACCAACAGCAGCCGCCAGCAGACGAACAGCUGGUGAUGGCAGGAAAUCCUGACCAACAAGAGGACAACUUGGAAGAGCAGUAUCAGGAAGAGGGAGAUGAAGAGGCCCAGGAUGACUUGGCUGAGGAGCAGAAGCCAGAAGAGGCAGGAGAAGAAGCAGAUCCUUACAAUGAGGAGAAUGGAGAGCAGGAUGAUGCUCGCGAGCAGGAGGAGGCGGGGCCAGAGGACAAGCAGCCUGCCAAAGAGCCCAAUGAGGAGGAGAACUACGAAGAGGAAGAGGAGGAGCCAGAGGAAGACACCAAUCGCAGGGCGGAGAUGUGAGAGGAUGACCAAUCACGUCACACUUCCUCCACACAGGCCUUUGGCGGUAUUCUCCUUUUUCCUUGUAGCAGAGUAAAACUGUCUGAAGCAGAGAUUCUGCUGGGACGUUUAAGGUCUGAAGGGGUCAGUUCUUCAGCGGAGUGAAAUGGACACCAGCGUCUGACGUACAGAUCAACCUACAGCCCUCAGUUUGCCUACGAUAUACUGUAGAACUUCUUAACUGUCCAAAUCAAACACUGUCACAUUAGAUAUGAGUUUGCUUUUAAACAACAAAGACUUUGGAAGCAUCGUACUCAAAGAAUUUAUGGUUGAAGUGCCAUUUUUCAGUUUAAAAAUAUUAUUUUUUUCUUAUAUAUUGUUGCUGUCCAAAAAACUCAUUUUCUGUGAUUUUUAGUUUUAUAAUUUGAUCUCGGAAGCUGCCCUUUACUCUGAGUGAAAAUUUCAUGAUUAAUGGACCGACAGAAAUUCUCCAAAACUUGGACUUGGAAUAAAAUCUUGUUACAUUUACUUACCGUUUUUGCCCCCUCCUCUAAAGCUACUCUUUUGGAGAUACAUGUUUGUCUUUGGACAGCGACGAUAUGUAAGGUGUCUGUUUUGCAAUGUUGCUGGAGAUUUCUUGAAAAUGUUAAUCAAAUUAUUCCAAAAAGAAGCAAGUCGUCCCGUCA